AUGUCUGCCAUGCAAGGAAGCAACGAAAAUAAUAUACCAAAUUUUGAAAAUAUGAAUUUCUUGACCCCUACUGAUUUACAAAACGAUGGUUGUUUCACCACAAAUCAACCGAACGUGAUGGCUCCGGCACCAUCAUCGUUUUCCUCAAGUUCCAAUAAUAACACACUUUCUCACCAACCUUUGACUGCUUCACUGUCUCCUGUCACACCUCUCCACAUAACUUCCUCUACUAGUAGUAACAAGAACUCCAAAAGUGAAGAGCUAGAUUUAAAGCAAAAGAAAAAGGAACAGAACAGAGCUGCACAAAAGGCAUUUAGAGAAAGAAAAGAGAAUGAAUUGAAAAGGUUACAGGAUGAGUUAUUGAAGAGUGAACAGAACAGACUGUCGUUGACUAAAGAAAUUGAAAAUCUAAAAACUUUUAACACGGAAGUGAAAAAGGAAAAUCAAUGUCUUUUGAAGAACAAUAAUAAUGGCAAUAAUAAUAUGUCAAUGACGGGAGCUGCCAUAAAUAUGGGAGCUGAUUCUCACAAGUUUUCAUUUCCGACGGAAGAUCAGUCAUUCCAUAAUAUGUUGGAAGAGGAAAGAUUAAGUAGGAUGAAUUCACCAGCUGUGCUUCAACCUGAUGAUCCAUUGCUAAAUGUGCCCGCUACAUGGGAAUAUUUGAACCAAGUGGCGGAAUCUAUUGAUAUUGACAUCUCUUUUGUGUUGGAUAGAUUAAAGGAAUCAAAAUCAGGUGUUUGUACCGGUAACGGUGUCGGUUAUAGGAAAUCUACCAUCGACGAAAUGGUCCAAAUGGUUAGCCAUUCCAAUUAG